AAUUAACAUUUGUAGUAUUCCAAAAUAUUUAAGAUCGUUAAUAAGAUUACUUCUUACAUUUCAAAAGAUUUAUUUAAAUAUCAGUAUUUGUAAACGAUACAGAGCAAGUUAUUUACUAUCAUUAGGCUAAUAAUUUAAAAAGAAAAGAGGUAAAGAAAGAGAGAGAAAGAGAGAGAGAGAGAGAAAGCAAAAGCAAUCACGCUGGUGCAUAGCUGUAGGGGCGAGAAAACAGCUAGUUUGGUUGUAGGGUUGGGAUUGGAGAUAAACAAGAUGGACCAGCAGUAUUGUCUCCGCUGGAACAAUCAUCCGGCCAAUCUUACGGACGUCUUGAGUUCCCUUUUGGCACGCGAAGCACUGUGCGACGUUACCUUGGCCUGUGUCGGUGAAACCUUCAAGGCCCACCAAACGAUACUGUCCGCAUGCAGUCCAUACUUCGAGAACAUCUUCCUGCAGAAUACCCAUCCACAUCCAAUAAUCUUCCUCAAAGAUGUCAAUGACACAGAAAUGAAGGCCUUGUUACAUUUUAUGUAUAAGGGCGAGGUUAAUGUGAGCCAGCAUUUGCUGCCUAUGUUCCUGAAGACAGCAGAAGCAUUACAAAUUAGAGGACUUACAGAUAAUAGUGUAAAUAAUAAGGGUGACGACAAAAGUCCAAGUCCAGAACCUGAGGUGCAGGCUGGAGUAAGGCACUCAGAUUCCCCAAGUAUACAGAGUCAUCCUGAAAAAAGGAAACGAAAGGUUUCUGGAAACUACGAUGUAUCAUUAACUGGACCACCCAGCGAAAGAUUUCUAUCAGAUUCUCAGGCAUCUUCUCAAUGUAGCUACAAAUCAAGUCCUACGAUUCCAAAGUCAAAUAACGCAUUGGGAGGAGAUCUGGAAGAUGGUGGUCGAUCCAUUUCUCCAUCAUCUCAACCACAAGCUCCAAUAAAACAAGAGCUUGAUCAUCAUAUGGCCGACUUUCAUGAUAAUAUAUCUCUCCCAGGACAUGCAGUCAGUUUACUAAGCGAAGAUAGUGGUCCAACGACAGGAACACUUAACGACAAUAUCCCAGGAAUCGAAUCUUCAGAGCAUCACAAUCCACCAGAAAUGCUUGAUGGACUCGAUGGUUCAAAAGCCUGGCACAUGCGGCUGACCUUUGACCGGGUGCCAGGCGGCUGCAACCUACACAGGUGCAAGCUGUGCGGCAAGGUCGUGACGCACAUCAGGAACCACUACCACGUCCACUUCCCCGGCAGGUUUGAGUGUCCUCUCUGUCGUGCGACGUACACGCGCAGUGACAAUCUGCGCACGCACUUUAAAUUCAAACAUCCCGAAUCAAGAAAGAUCGAUCUUAAUGAUUACAUGGCCGGCUCGCUGGCUCUGUCCGCGACGAAUAACGACACCAUGAACACGCUCUCCUAAGGCCUGCGCCAAAGCUCGACAGGCACGUCACGCUGCCACCUCCCCGGUGCGUAAGCAUGACGAUCGCGACGAUGGUAAUGAUGAUGCCGCUGACGGCGACGAUGACAACGACGACUGAGCCCGGAGCAUUUGGCCCGGCCACUUUUACCGAGCCUUUCGUUCACGCGGGUGCGCCAAACCUCGUAAUGUGAUAUAUUGUAUUGAGGAUGUGGCGAUGCAUCUAUUGGCGAACGACUUCUAAUGUAAGAGAUAACGAGGAGAAAUUGCCUACGUGUGUAUUGUGCGUGCGUGAGUGCGUACGCGCGCGCAUUUGUGUAUGUGUGUGCAUUCCUAGGUGCGUGCAUGCAUGCGCAAAAGCGAAUGAGAGAGAGAGAGAGAGAGAGAGAGAGAGGGUGUAUGUGCGCGCGUGCCUGAGUAGAGAGGAAAGGGGAAGGGGGCGAAACGGAAAAGUAUGCUGAAAUUUUAUAAGGGUUCCGUCGUCAUCGUCACUGUCAUCGUCAUCAGCAUUCUUUAUCUUCAUCAUUUUGCCGUCGUUGUCUUUGUCGUCUUUGAUAACAACGUUCCCAUCGUUUUCAUGGGCAAAUCGCGUCGCGAUUUCUUCGCACCGAAGAUUGUCGAAAGCCUCCUGGAAGAUUGUCGAAAGCCGCAAGAGAUCAAUUACACGCACUAUCGUCAUUAGAAAGA